CCAGCGCCGCGCACAACGCUCUGACCUUCGUGGUCGCCGUUGCCAACCAUGGCCAACUUCACACUCUUCCGUCUAGCUCGAUUCAUACGCUCUAUCUUCGUACCCACGGCGUCCAUCAUCGCCUUCUCUUGCAUUCUCUCAUUCGUCUUCAUCCUGUACCAACCGACACCUGGGCCCGGAAGCAUACAACGACUUGGCUGGCAGUCUUGGGAGGUCGUUAACGAGUAUGUGGGUCAGGCUUCGACUGCGCAAGGUGCCUCGGAAGACUUGGAAUAUCCCACCGUAGGGAACAGUAUCCCAGACGGCGUGGAUUGGUGGAAUGUCACGACCGGGUCGGACACAGUAGACACCGCCAGUCUACCUCUCGACAUUUGGGAUCCGUUGAUGCAACAUGACACCGGACUAUCCGAGAUACAUGUCACGGAAUGCAUGGUCGACCCUUUCUUCGUCCCGUACAUUGCACCAGACCUAUGCUAUCCCUCGUCGACGAAGCAGGACGAUGCGCUGAAGGGCAAAUGGGUGCGCGUUGAGCGCAACCUCAAGGAGCAACUGAGCCUCAAGAGCCUGAACGUGUUCUACCGCCGAACGCGGAGACAUGAUAUUCCCCUUGUGUCAGAGCUCCGGGUCCUGCCGGACAAGGAGACCCCCUCCCCGUUCAGCAGUGCGUGGAACAGAGUCGCGCAUCCCAUCAACCCCGCAGGAGAGAAACGCUACCUGUGGUACAAGACCGACCGGACGUGGCGCGACAUGACAGAAGCUGAGCGUCGGACCGACAUUGUAACCGAAAUCGACGUGCUGUUUGGCUCCGACGAGCCCUGGUAUGGAUUCGAGAGGACAAACGCCGCGACCUUCGAUGGGACAGACAAGAAGGAGCCAGUAUGGUUGACGUACCGGAAGGGUGUCAAACCUCCUCCGCGCGCGCCGCCGCUGCACUUCUCUCGCGACGGAAAGUUCAAAAUCAUGCAGGUCGCGGACCUCCACUACUCCGUCAGCGUCGGCUCUUGCAGAGACACCAUCAUGAAUCCCUGCACCGGCUCGGACAACCUCACCUCUACACUGCUCGGACGUAUGCUCGACGCGGAGAAGCCGGACCUUGUCGUCUUCACCGGUGACCAGCUCAACGGCCAGGGCACGUCAUGGGACGAACAGUCUGUGCUUGCGAAGUUCUCGAAGGCUCUCACUCAGCGGGGUAUUCCGUGGGCAGCGGUCUUCGGAAACCACGAUGACGAAGAUGGUUUGAGCAGAGAGACGCAAAUCAAAUACAUGAAGGGUCUGCCGUACAGCUUGGUCGAGACUGGUCCGAAGGACAUCCACGGUGUUGGGAACUACGUCCUCAAAGUGUGGAGUGCGGAUCCCUCGAAAACGCACUUGUUGACCCUCUACUUCUUGGAUUCUGGAGCUUACUACGCCGGCAUCAUGGGCUGGUUCGGCUUCCAGCCGACAGAGUACGACUUCAUACGACAAGACCAGAUUGACUGGUUCCUCCAAGAGUCCUCUGCCAUCGACGCCAUCCAGCGGCCAUUCACGCCAGACACCGGAAAGGACCUGGGAGACAUCUGGGCGCGCCAGUCCGCCGACCAGGUCGUCCCGAGCACGCGGCGGCUCGCGAAGCCCAACGCGCUCAUGUUCUUCCACAUUCCCAUGGCAGAAAGCUACGCCGCCGCGGACAUCGACCCCGUCACCGGCCGCACCCUCGAUGUGGGCGAGCACGACCUGGAGGAGCCCGGUAACGCGAAGCGGCAGGACGGCUUCUUCCACAAGGGGCUGUUGCAGGCUACUGAGAGCGACCAUACUGCUGGGGGACGCGCGACAGAAGUGAAAGUCGUCUCGAACGGGCACUGCCAUCUCACCGAGAACUGCAGACGUGUGAAGGGCGUGUGGCUCUGUUUCGGCGGUGGCGGAUCGUAUUCGGGCUACGGCAAAGUCGGGUUCGACCGUCGUUUCCGCAUAUACGACAUCUCGGACUACGGCGAGACGAUCCGGACGUACAAGCGCACGGAGCACGACGAGAUCGUGGACGAGAUGGUCGUCGCGGGGCGGGGCGCGCCAAAGCCGUAUGAGGGCGAGCCUUGAGGCCGUAGAGGUCGGUCGAUGGUGGCGACGUGUAAGAUGAUUACGGAUGAGCAUAUAGACAGUAUGCUGUGUAUUUGUCUGGAGCAUAGGAUUGGUUUUGGACGG